UUGAUCCUUUGGCUCCAUCGGCACUAUUUUCAAGCUUUCACAUAAUUUUCGUCCGUUGGCAAUGGCGAUGUUUUUCUUCACCUUCCUACUCGUCCCUCUUCUAGGGUUUCUCAUUGCCUCGCUAACGGCGACGCAGAAGAAGAAGAAGACAGCCACGACGAUGACUUGCGGCGCAAGAAACGACCCUCCUCUCCCACCGGGACCAAAGCCUUGGCCCGUAAUCGGAAACCUGCCGGAGAUAAGGAGGAACAAACCGGUAUUCCGAUGGAUACACUCUCUCAUGAAGGAGCUCAACACCGAAAUCGCCUGUAUCCGCCUUGCUAACACUCACGUGAUCCCCGUGACUUCACCCAGAAUCGCCCGGGAGUUUCUUAAGAAGCAAGACUCCGUCUUCGCGUCGAGGCCUCUCACGAUGGGGACCGAGUACUGCAGCCGCGGCUACUUGACGAUCGCGGUCGUUCCCCAGGGCGAACAGUGGAAGAAGAUGAGGAAAAUGGUCGCCUCUCACGUGAUCAAUGCCAAGACCCUCCAAUGGACGCACGAGAAGAGAAUCGAAGAGGCCGACAACCUGACAAGGUUCAUCAACAACAAAUGUGUCAGAAACAGUCGUGAUUGUUCUGCUUUGAUCGAUCUGAGGCUCGUGACUCGUCAAUACAGCGGAAAUGUGGCCAGAAAGAUAUUGUUUGGGGUAAGGCAUUUCGGGAAAGGGACUGAAGAUGGGGCCGGGCCUGGGUUCGAAGAGAUCGAACACAUUGAAUCCCUGUUUACUGUGCUUACCCAUCUUUACUCCUUCAUAUUAUCGGAUUAUGUCCCGUGGCUGAGGACGUUUGACUUGGACGGUCAUGAGAAGAUCGUUCGCCGUGGUAUGGAGGAUGUCAGCAAGUACAAUGAUCCAUUUGUGGAUGAGAGACUCAGACAAUGGCGACAUGGGGAGAGGACAGAAGCUCAAGAUCUUCUCGACAUGUUUAUCAUGGCCAAAGACAGUGAUGGAAAGCCUGCGCUAACAGAUGAUGAGAUCAAAGCUCAAGUUACGGAACUAAUGUUGGCGACAGUGGAUAAUCCGUCGAAUGCGACGGAAUGGGCCAUGGCGGAGAUGAUCAACGAGCCGGAGAUUAUGCGGAAGGCGGCAGAGGAGAUCGAUAGGGUGGUGGGAAAAGACCGUCUUGUCCUCGAGUCCGAUAUCCCGAACCUUACUUAUGUGAAGGCGUGCGCGAGGGAAGCGUUCCGGCUGCAUCCCGUCGCGCCGUUCAACCUCCCUCACGUGUCGAAUGCCGAUACGGUGGUGGACGGUUACUUCAUCCCCAAGGGAAGCCACGUCCUGUUAAGCCGAGUAGGGUUGGGUAGAAACCCUAGCGUGUGGGACAAUCCACUUAGGUUCGAACCAGGGAGGCACUUGAGAAACGGAAACACGAGCGUGGAACUGAACGAGCCGGAUCUGAAUUUCCUUUCGUUCAGCACGGGACGACGUGGGUGCAUGGGUGUGAGCCUUGGCUCGGUCAUGACGAUCAUGCUGUUGGCUCGGCUGGUUCAAGGGUUCAGUUGGACCGUGCCGGGUGGUGGCGAGGGCAAAAUCGACAUUUCAGAGAGUGAGGGCGACCUCUUCUUGGCCAAGCCAUUGCAUGCCGUUGCAACCCCUCGACUGGCUCCAGAAGUAUACUCCCGUGUGAUAUAAGGGAAACGAACAAGCUUUUCUCUACCAUAAUUAAUAUUUUUUAUAAUAAAAAUUUCUGAAGAACAUGUUUUGGGAAU